GCCUUUGCCAUCAAAAUGAAGGGCCUUGUCCUAGUAUUGAUGUUAACCCUGGUGGGUUGCCAGGAUCUUAAUAAGAAACCUAAUUUUAGUACAAACAAAUGUUACACAUAUAAGUAUGAAUUAAAGCAGGUGACCAGGGUUGCAGCUGAAUGGUAUUCAGGUGUUGGAAUAAAACUUUUAUCUAAAGUGGAAAUCUGUGGCUCUAGACCAGGACUUUGGCUUAUUCGGAUUUAUUCUCCUGAGGCAUAUGAAUACAAAAGCAAUUCUCCUAGACCUGAAUUCAUUCAAUCACCUGAACUGACAAACUCAUUUGCAGCAAAACUUGGCAAGCAUGCUGCAUUUCGGCUGGAAAAUGGCCUCAUCAGAAAGAUCAUGGCUCCUGCAGACCACUCAGUUGACAGUCUUAACAUUUACAAAGGAUUUAUGAAUAUCAUGCAACUCACCAUAAAAGAUAAACAGAGUGAAUAUACUGUACAAGAGGAUGGCAUGGAAGGCCUUUGCAAUGCAACAUACACUAUUCAAGAUAGCAAUGAUGCAAACCGAAUGUUAGUGAUGAAAGCCAAAAACUUAAAUGAUUGUCUUAACAGACCAGAAAAAGUUGUUGGUGCUGCAUAUGCUACUCCAUGCAAAGAAUGCAAAGAGAAUUCUGAAGCUGCCAUUACCUCUCGCUAUUAUAUCAAGUCAAGACAAGAGGAUACUGUGAUUGAUCAAGUGGACGUUACAGAAACCCAUCAGUACAUGCCAUUCAAUAGGAUAAAUGGAGGAAGAAUUGUCAUGACAGCAAGUCAGAACAUUCAAUUGAUCAAAGUGGAGCAACACACACCAGAAGAGCUUCCAGCCAACUUCAAAGACUGUGGACCACUUGCAUUCCAGUUUAGUGAUGAGUCACAGCAGCUUUCCACUCCUGUCAAGCAACUUGAACGCCAGAUUAUGGAUGACCUGCAAUAUCUGUCACAGCACAUGUGGAAGGAUAUUUCAAAAGACUGUACAAAGAAAUUCCAGCGACUUACACAGAAUAUGCACAAAGCAGAUUACGAACUUUAUGACUCAGUAUAUAAAAAGUGCGCUAACCAGUCAGCCUGCAGACGUAUUUUUUGGGAUGUAAUUGCUUCUGCUGAUAGUCCCAAUGGAAUUAGAUUGUUGAAACACAAAUAUGAACAGCGAGAAGUCACCAAACUUGAAGCAGCACAAAUAGUGAUCAUAAGUUUCCAUUACAGCACCCCAUCUCUUGAAGUUAUUGAAGAAGCUAAGUCCCUCCUGAGUGUGGUUCAUCGAGAGCCACAUGAUUACCUUUUCAGAGUUGUCCUCCUUGCCUAUGCAUCGCUAUGUCACAAAUACUGUAUGGACUUAAACAAUUGCCCUGCUUCAGUUCUCAAGCCUGUGAAGGACUUUGAUGAUGAGGUGUUAAGGAAGCCUAAUGAAGAUGAUAUUAUCCUGCUUUUGCGGGUCUAUGAAAAUCUGCAACAUGAAUCUAUCAAGAAGUCCUUGACAAAGUUCUUGCCAGGAUUUGCAGCUUCCCAUUUCUCACUUCGAGUUCAGCAUGUUGCCCUGAUGUGUUUAAAAAGUUUUGCCAAGAAAGACCCCACAUGGGUAAGACGUAAUAGUAUGCAAAUAUUUCUGAACUACAAGCUUCAUUAUUCAACCCGAAUAGUUGCUGUCAUGAGUCUGCUUUCAGCCAGACCAAGUCUUCCUACUUUAAUGGUUUUGGCAAAAUCUUUGGCCAAUGAACCCAGUGCACAAGUGGAACAUUUUGUCAUCUCUAGCCUGACCACCCUGGCCACCACUACAGCUCCAGAUCUACAAGUAGUGGCUUCUGCCAGCAGAAUGGCUCUAAAUAUAGUGAGUUCAAAAUCUGAACUGCCUAAGUAUGCAACUGGCAAAUUUUUCCUCUUAAGCUUUUACAAAGAAUCUCUUAUGGCUGGUGUGACAACUGAAGUUUUCAUCCUGAAUACUGUAGGGAGUAUACUCCCAAAUUUUAUGUCAACCAGAUUUGAGGCAAAUAUUCUUGGAAAUAAAUUUUCUCCAUUGGAGGUGGGUGUAGGAAUUCCAAAUCUUGCAGAAUUCUCACUUAAAAGAAGAUAUGAAGCUGAUAGUGAUAAUGACAGGCCGGUUGAUGCAAAAAAGCUUCUGAAAAUGCGUUCUGACCAGAAAAUGAUGCCCCAUGAAGCACUCACAGUGGGAGGAUAUGUACAAAUGUUUGACAAAAACAUCAUCACUGCAGCAACAGAUGUGAAGACAGUUGUGGAAGCAUGCCAGGAACUCUACAAACCAGAACAUAGUGACUCUUGGAUAGCUAAACUUAUAUAUAGACUGUCAAGAGGUAUUCCCAUUCGGUGGGUCAAAGCUUUAACAUCUGUUGAUGCCAGUUAUGCUGUGGCUGUAGGUACUGGUUUACCUUUGGAAAGAAGCUUGACUCAUGUCGCUAUCACAAGUUUCGCAGGAAAUGCUAAAGCUUGGUUUACUCCUGAGCUUCCACAAAAUGGUAACCUGUCCGAAUCACGUCUUACUGAAGUUAGACUGAAAACUGAGUUGUCUUUCAGCAUAGACAAGCAUAUGAUCUUCAAGAUGGGAAUCCGAAACUCUCUACUUCAGGCUGGAUUAGAAGAAUAUGCCAAACUGACUGUAAAUCUCCCUGUCAAGGCUGCUGAUGUUGCUGUGAACAUUAAGAACAAAAGCUUCAAGUUUGAAAUGCCUCCAUGCAAAGAAGAAACUGAUAUAUUUUCUCUAAGAGCUAGCACAUAUGCUGUUUUUGGUUAUGGCGAAGAGGCAUCUGCUACAAAAUCAACUCCUAUUCUUCCCCCUCAGGAAAUGCCAAACAUAAUGGACUGGAACUUUCAAACAGGUUCUGUACUGGAUGAUAAACUAAAGGAAAGACGAUAUUCAAAAACCAGGUCAGCAGGAAGCACCAAUUUGGUAGAACGGUGUGGCCAUCGCUCAGUUCCACUUCUUGGGUACCUUAAUGCAAGUACAUUUGGAUUUGAGACUUGCCUUAAAUAUUCAGCUGUACGUGCUGGACCUAGCAAUGUCAUACUCAAUCGCUUCAUAGGUGACCAUAAUAUUACAUGCACCAUGUAUCCAGUUCAAUCAGAGCCACCAAUUAAGUUGAUACAAGUUGCAGUUCAGCUAAGUGAUGCACACAGACUUGGAGAGCCAAAAACAGAUGGUCGAACUGAGAAGACAAAUAAGAGAAUUCAGACUAUGUACAGCAGCAGUGAAAGUACAUCAAGUGUUUCCAGUAGAAGCAGUGGUGAAGAUGCGGACAAUGAAGAAAGACGUCUGGAUGGUUUCAGCAGUCAUGAAGCUCAAAGUGGACAGCAUAGCAAGAACCGUUUAAAGAGUCCUAAGAAACCUCAAAGUAGCAGCAACAGUAGAAGUAAUAGUGAGGGCAGUAGUAGAACUAGCAGUGAAAGCAGCCAAAGGACCAGUGAUAGUAGCAGUAGCAGUAAGAACACUGGACACAGUGGUAGUAGUAGUAGUAGUAGUAGUAGUAGUAGUAGUAGUAGUAGUAGAACCAGCAGCAGUGAGAGCAAUAACAGAAACAGCAGUGAGAAUGAGCAACAGCAAAGAAGGCAAGAUAACAGGAAACGUGGUAGAAGAUCAUUAUCUGAUCGUUCAGAUCACAGUGAAGUUGAAAGAGGACACAGCAAGACACCUGGAAAACAGCAAAUCAACAGCAGAACAAGUGACAAUAACAGUGGAAGUGCCUGGUUAAAUCAGAAAGAAAAAAGAAAAGAAAACACAGUUGGCAAAUUGUCUCAAAAAUACAGAGCUCGAGGCAACAAAAAUGAAGGGGAUGCAACUCAGGAAGAAACAAGCAGAUCAUCAUCUUCCUCUGAAUCAAGCUCCUCCAAUAAGGAUGAUAGAGACAGCAGCAGUGAAAGCAGUAGAAGCAGCAGUAAGAGCAGCAGGAGCAAAAGAGAAAGCAGCAGAAGCAGCAGUGAAAGCAGCUGCAGCAGCAGUGAAAAUGGCUGCAGGAGCAAUGGUGAAAGCAGCAGGAGCAGCAGUGAAAGCAGCUGCAGCAGCAGUGAAAAUGGCUGCAGGAGAAGCAGAGGAAGCAGCAGGAGCAGCAGUGAAAGUAGCAGCAAGAGCAACAGUGAAAGUGGCUGCAGCAGCAGUGAAAGUGGCUGUAGGAGCAGCAGCAGCAGCAGCAGUGAUUCCACCUCUUCACAGGAGGCUGAUUUCCUGGGAGACAGAGUCUCACCUAGCCUCACUUUUGUGGCUCAGGCAAUUAGGAGUAACAACAAAAAACAGGGCUACCAAGCAAAACUAUAUCUCAAGGAGCAACCCAGCAAGCUUGAUAUGCAACUAGUUAUGGAAGAUCUUAAUGAUGAUAAGCAGGGCGUAUGUCUGUUCGUUGAUAUAUGGCCUCACACAGCGAAGGUCCGUCUGAGCAAGGGGAGCCAAUGCCGGUAUAAAAAUCUUGAAAUAGACAUUUCCGAAGGCCACCUUGCAGGAAAUCCAGCAAUCCAAGUGAAGAUUAAAACCAAAAAGCUUCCAGAAAUGCUAAAGGGAUCAGUUUCCAUGGCUGAGAAACUCAUUCCUAGUUUAGCAUCCCAGUAUGGCUUUAACAGCAUCUGUCAAAAUAAUCCUUCUGAAGAGCUUGUGGUAGAAGUAGCUGCAUCAUCUCCACGAUCAGUUUUUGUUAUCUGUAGAUUGCCCGAGGAAACCUUAUAUAAGGAAGAUCUUAAUGUUCCAUGGCCUUCAGUUGUUUUACCACCUCAACAUUAUCCAAGUAAAGAAUUGAAUGCCUUCAAUUUUUUUGAAGAAUUAGCUUCACGGAUACUCAAAGAAGAUGAAGCUGUAUGCCAAGUGGAGGAAACAAGUAUCAGAACUUUUGAUGACAUGAGAUUCAAUGGCUCUUUUAAUGAAAACUGCAGAACCUUAAUAGCCCAAGAAUGCACUGAAAAGCCACGUUUCUCUAUCAUGACAAGAAAACCCAAACUGGAUCUUCCAAGAGAAGUUUAUAUUCAUCUUACUUCAGUAAAUAUCACAAUCUCACCUGUCUCAAGUUCCUCUCUCCUUGUAUCAUAUAAUGGGGAACCCAUAGACAAAUAUAAAUAUGAGGAUGACAAAGGCAUAAAAAUCUUCAUAAAUGAGAGUCUUGUUUUCAUCAAUGCUUCACAACAUGGCCUAGAGAAUGUGACGUAUGAUUGUGAAACACUAUGGGUUACAGUUUCUUCAAGAAUGAGAGGUAAGACCUGUGGACUUUGUGGAAGCAAUGAUGGAGAAAAACGAAAUGAAGGCCACAUGCCAAAUCAUGAGUUGGCGUACAACGAUAUGGCUUUGUUCCAUUCCUGGCUUUUGGAAGACAGUGAAUGUGUUGCAGACUUAUAUCCAGAGGUGGAACUUGUUAAUCAACCAGAUCAACGGUACAGUAUUAUGGAAUGAUUUUGUCUGAAGUACAGAAGAAUUCUGACAGCAUGUUAUCAAGAAUAUAAUGGAAUGUGUCAAAACUGCCCCUGAAAGUAAAUAUGCUAAAUUAACUAAGUAAAUAGUAUGUAGAAAAUAUUCUACUGUGAAGCAAAACAUAAAAGCAAAUGUGUUACUCACUCUAUGGAAUCCUUAAUAAAUAAAAUCACUUGUUAAAUAAA